AUGGCCAAGAGGAGUAAAUUGCUUCAGGCACUCGAUGACCACCGUGGUCGCGACUAUGAUGCAGAGAAGCAGAAGAAGCUAGCCAAGGCGGCGGCGAAGAAGAAGGCUGGGAAGACAGGUGCUGCUGGUGAAAAGGAUGAGACUGAACUGGCAACAGUGAAAUCUAAGAAGCGCAACGCUGAAGAAGACCCCGAGGAUAACACAAGCGACGAGGAAGAAAAGGAGGAAGAAAUUGACACGGCAGAGGAAGGCAAGGAAAAGUACGACGAGGAGAACGAAGAGGAGGAGGAGGAGGAGGAGGAGGAAGAAGAAGAAGAACAAGAAGAAGAUAUUCCCUUGUCUGACCUCUCCGACGAUGAAAGAGACGACGUGGUGCCACACCAACGUCUCACAAUCAACAACUCGGCCGCCAUUAACACGUCCCUCAAACGCAUCUCCUUCAUCACCUCUCAGACCCCGUUUUCCGAGCACAACUCCCUAGUCUCGAAAGAGCCGAUCGAUGUCCCUGACCCCAAUGAUGACUUGAACCGGGAACUGGCAUUCUACAAGGUGUGCCAGGCGGCUGCCAAUUCGGCGCGUAGCAUGUUGAAGAAGGAAGGUGUGCCGUUUACUCGACCCGGUGACUAUUUCGCCGAGAUGGUCAAGACGGACGAGCAUAUGGGCAAGAUCAAGAAGAAGCUGUUUGACGAAGCGGCUGCUAAGAAGGCAGCUGCCGAAGCGCGCAAACAGCGCGAUCUCAAGAAAUUCGGAAAACAGGUGCAGGUGGCCAAGCUGCAGCAGAGACAGAAGGAGAAGCGCGAGACAUUGGAAAAGAUUAAUGAAUUGAAAAAGAAGCGCAAGGACGACACCUCUGGCCCUACGGAUGAUACCAACAACCUGUUCGACGUUGCUAUUGAUGAUUCCAACCCGUCUGGUAGCCGCAAGCGAGGUCGUGCCAACGAGAACGGCGGUCCUUCACUGAAGCGCCAAAAGAAGAACGAGAAAUUCGGCUUCGGCGGCAAGAAGCGCUUCUCCAAGAGCGGCGAUGCCGCCUCCAGUGGAGAUAUGCGGAACUUCUCAGUGAAGAAGAUGAAAAGCGGCUCGAAGAGACCGGGAAAGAGCAGGAGAGCGGCCACCAAGGGACGGGCAUGA